AUACAAAUAAACCCAGAUACCGUCCCUGGUUGGAGACAGGCCAGGUAGGCGGCGGCAGGUAAACAAACUAGCAAACAUGGUGGCGAGGCGGCGUGAGGGAGCGGCCUUCUAUACUGCAAAUGACACCCUCCGCAGCUCCCCCACCAACUCAGACUCGGGGAGCAGCUCAGGCUCCAGCAGCAGCAGCAGCAGCAGCAGCCGAGCCAGCAGCAGGGCCAGCAGCAGGUCCCCUUCAGGUAACCGCAGCCCCUCCCCUGUGAGCAGCCCCCGGCAUGGCGGCCACACCCCAGCACGGAGUCAGGGCAGUGCAUCCCCCCCCGGCAGCCCCCGGAGUGGCAGCAGCAUGUCCCCGCGGCCGGCUGGUGGCUACGACAGGGGCAGCAGGAGCAGGAGCAGGUCGCCCUCACCAGACAGCAGACCAGGCUCCCCUCCAAGAAGCAGGACACCCUCCCCCGGUGCCUACAAGGGGAGCAGUGUGACCCCUACUGAUCCCAGGAGCAGGGAGGUGAGCCGCUCCCCUGCCAUGAACAGGUCGCCGGGUCGGGACACCAGCAGGUCACCAGGCAGGGACCGCAGCCGCUCUCCUGUCAGAUCACGGUCUGCCAGCAGGUCACCGGUGCGCUCCAGGUCAGGAAGCAGGUCGCCGCCAAGAUCCAGAACCCCCAGCAGGUCACCAGUCAGGUCACGCACAGGCAGCAGGUCACCAGUGCGAUCAAGAACAGGGAGCAGGUCACCGCCAAGGUCCCGAACUCCCAGCAGGUCGCCAGUCAGGUCACGCAGUGGCACCCCAUCCCCACCGAGGUCACGGACGGGUAGCAGGUCACCCCCCAGAUCACGCACUGGCAGUAGGUCACCAGUAAGGUCACGCACGGCCAGCAGGUCACCGGUGGGGUCACGCGCGGGCAGCAGGAGUCCCUCAAAGUCACGCAGUGGCAGUCGCUCCCCAGCCGCCAGACACAAGUCAUCACCGGCAGGGAGCAGGAAGUCUGGAUCAAGAUCACGGUCAAGGUCAAGGUCACCAAUUGGCAGUGAUGCUGAGGCCAAGACUGGUGAUGGUGAAGGGCAGACCAAGAAGGAAGGCUCUGAUGAUGAUGAUAGUGAUGUGGAGAUUGGCAGGAAGCGGAACAGAGCGGUGAUGAGUGACGAUUCAGACGCAGAGGGUGAGCCGAGGAAGAGGCCGAGGUCAGAUGAUGAUGAGGAUGCAAACAUGGGCGCAGAGGACCUGUUUGGCGAUGCAGAUGACAUCAGCGAGGACGAGGAGGACAAGGCCAAGAAGCAGAAGGAGAGGCUGUCCAGGUCACGCUCAAGAUCAAGGUCGAGGUCACGGUCCAGGACACCAAGGUCACGUUCAAGGUCAAGAUCGAGGUCAAGAUCACGGUCGAGGUCACGGUCUAGGUCUGGGUCACCUAAGCCAGUGAUUCAAGAGGACGAGGACAAGGAGGACGAGGGGCCGCCACCAGAGACAAGAAUAGAGGCAGAAAUUCCAAAGAUCAACACAGACUUGGGCAGAGAAAUUCACUUUAUCAAACUCCCGAACUUCUUGUCCAUCGAGACGCGACCUUUUGACCCCGAGCUGUAUGAAGACGAGAUAGAGGACGAGGAGACGCUGGAUGAGGAAGGCAGGGCAAGACUGAAGCUGAAGGUGGAGAACACGAUGCGGUGGAGGACAGUGUUUGACAAGGAGGGCAACGCAGUGAAGGAAAGCAACGCCAAACUGGUCAAGUGGUCUGACAGCUCCAUGUCCCUCCAUCUUGGCUCUGAGGUGUUCGACGUGUACAAGCAGCCACUACAGGGCGACCACAACCACCUGUUCAUCCGCCAAGGCACAGGUCUGCAGGGCCAGGCAGUGUUCCGUACUAAGCUGACCUUCCGCCCACACUCCACCGACUCCUGCACUCACAGAAAGAUGAUGCUGUCCCUUGCUGACCGCUCCCAGAAAAUCAGCGCUGUCAAGGUCCUUUCCAGCGUUAGCAGGGACCCAGAGAGCAGCAGGGCGGAGAGCAUAAGGAGGGAUGAAGAUCGACUGAAGGCCUGCAUGCGAAGAGAGAACAAGCAGAGGAGGGUGAAGGAGAAGACAUCCAACAGAAGCCUCUCUGCUAACUACCUUGAACCUGAUAAUUAUGAGGAUGAGGAAGAGGGAGGCAUUUCGCUGGCUGCCAUUAAGAACAAGUUUAAGAAGCAGAAGAAUGAGCGUGCUCCAAUCUAUUCCUCUGAUGAAGAGUCGGACAUUGAAACAGACAAGGCCAAGAGAUUAGAAAGAGCCAAGCGCAACAUCAAGGACUCAGAGGAAGAGGAAUCAGGCUCGGGAACUGAGACCGAGGAGGAGGAGGAUGAAGCGGAGGAGGCAGAGGAGGCGGAAGAGGCAGAGGAGGCAGAGGAGGCAGAGGAGAGUGGAAAUGAGAGCAGGAAGAGUCGAAGCAAGAGCAGAAGUAGGAGUAAAAGUAAAUCCCCAAGUCGUAGCCGCAGUAGGAGUGGCAGCAGGAGUCGUAGUAGGAGUAAGAGUGGUAGCAGGAGUCCCAGUGGUAGCAGGAGUGGCAGAAGCAGGAGCGGUAGUAGAAGUGGUAGCCGCAGUGGUAGUGAUAGUGACAGGGGUGGCAAGUCUGGGUCUGGUUCGGACAGUGAGUGAGUGAAGGUGAAGGGUUGAAGGAAUGAUGGGGUGAGUGUGACAUGUUAAGGAAUGAUUUUGAAGUGAGUGUGUGAGUGUGAGGGAAGGUGAGGUGAUGGAAGGGAUGAGGAAAAUGAGGGAAGAAGUGAAGGAAAUGAUGAUGAUGAAGUGAAUGAAGGAAAUGAUGAUGAGAUGAAUAAAUGAGUGAGAGGGAAGAUGAAGGAAAUGAUGAGAUGAAUAAAGGAAAGAAAAGAAGAGGAAACAGGUGCAAAAAAUACAAAAAAAUGAAUAUAAAAAAGAAACAAGAAGAAAAAAGGAAAGGAAAAUAAAAAAAAAUAUAAAAGAGAGAGUGAGAGAGAGAGAGAGGUGAUGUUAAUAGUUAAUAUGGUGAUAGUUAAGUCAAUAAACAUAGAAUUUAUACCAUUAAGACAAGACAGUGAAAGAGAGACAGACAAACAACAGACAAUGAAAACAAAGCAACACUCCUGACCCACCAGUGAGUUGCCCUGUCUUGCCCCAAGUGUCUUCAUUGUGGAAAGAGAAAAGAUGAAUUUGUAAACCUAGGAUUGAUUUAAGAACCACCAAGCUGAGGCAAUGUGGUGAGGUGUGGUGGAGGUUUAAACUUGCAAAGAGGAAGUAGUUAGCAAUCUACACUGUUCUUGAAAGUAAAUGAAAAUCUCAGCACUGUUAGACUUGAAAACUGUAAAAAUGAUUAGGUAAACUUCAUGGUAAUGGCAAAAGUUGUCUUAGGAAUGAAGGGGUAAUCAAUAAUUCUGAUCUUUCAAGGGUUAGAACAGAGAAACAUAAAAUAAGGAAGCUGCAAGAAGCCAUCAGGCCUACACGUGGCAGUCCCUGUGUGAAACGGCACCAGACAAUAUAAGGCACACUAUAUGAUUUGUCUAUCUGUCUGUCUAUAUACAAGGCUGGCAAUCACACAGGGCUGCCCAGACAAAGCACCACACACACACACACACACACACACACACACACACACACACACACACACACACACACACACACACACACACACACACACACACACACACACACACACACACACACACACACACACACUCUUAGCCCCUCAGCCCCCAGUGAAAAGGGAGUCAUGGACCACCCUACAACAUGCCAGGAAAAUAAUAGUCUGUCUGUGCACCAGGCAGAGAGACCAAGCAAAACACUGUCAGAUGUGAAAGCUGCAAGAAUAAUUAGGUACAAUUUUAUAGUGAAAAUUGUGUCUUGAGGAUAAAUGAGAAUUGAAGUCAUUAAUUCUCAUCAUUCAAGAAGUGUUGCAAAAAUUAUUAGGUACAUGAUAUAUUAUAGUGAAGAUUGUGUAUUGGGAGUGAGGGAAGAAUGUAAAUAAUGCUCCUCAUUCUAGAAUGGUGAGGUCUGGUCUUAACAGGAUAAUACAUACUGUCUUCCUGCAAAACAUUAAGGAUUUGUUUUGUUUCUCCUACUCCACAGUCCUUAGCAAGUCUAUGUUGUCACACCUCAUCACACUGUGUCACUUUACUCUUGAACGUUUUGUAUGUACCUCCAUGUAGCCUUGGAAACCUUGCCAUUAUUGCAAGGUGUGUUUAUCCUGACACAUUACUGAAGCAUUGUCUGGCUGGCCUGUUCCCAUUCAGUACCCAGGUGUGUUGAUUUGAUGUAUUGCAGAGUCGGCAUUGUUUUAUAUUCAAUGCUAAUGUGUAACCUUUUGAGUUGAGAAAUAGAUCAUACUGUAUUUUUAA